GAGAGAGAGAGAGAGAGAGAAAGAGGGAGGAAUGGUUUCAUCCGACGCUCCUCCCGCUCCAGCGCUGCUUUAGCGGAGCUACUCGAGCAGGAGGUUGGGUCUCGGUCCGGCACAAACCUCACAACAACCACCUCUCCCCCGUUACCGACCCGCCUGCAGGAGUCCACCGGGACCACCGGGACCACCGGGACACAUCAAUGGUGGAGGCCGUGGUGGAGUUCGACUAUGAGGCUCAGCAGGACGAUGAGUUGAGCCUGACGGUGGGCGACAUCAUCGUGAACAUACGGCGGGACGAUGGAGGAUGGUGGGAGGGCGAGCUGGGCGGACGCAGGGGCCUCUUUCCGGAUAACUUUGUCAGGGAGAUCAAGAAAGAGGGAAAGAGGGAUGGAGGACAGGCGAGCAUGAUCAGGUCUGAGCUCUCCAAUGGGAGAGCGAGCCCCGUGUCCGACUCCAGCGUACGACCGGGCAGGAAAGUAGAGCAAAUCCGUAAGCGGAGGUGUAAAGCGGCGUUCAGCUACGUGCCUCAGCAUGAAGACGAGCUAGGGUUGAAAAUAGGAGAUGUCAUCGAGAUCAUAUCAGAGGUGGAGGAGGGCUGGUGGGAGGGAUUUCUAAAUGGGAAGACUGGAAUGUUUCCCUCCAAUUUCACCAAAGUCAUCCAGACCGAGUCGGAAACUUCCUCUCUGAACACCUCGCAGGAGGAGCUGCGCAGCAACCGCACCAGUAAGGACAGCCCAGGCAGUGAAAGUGAUGGAUGCGACAGUCGGUCAGAAACGGGGUCCGGAGAGGUCCAGCCCAAGAAGGUCCGAGGGUUUGGCUUUGGUGACAUCUUCAAAGACCAGCCCAUCAGGCUCAGACCACGCUCCAUGGAAGUGGACUCAGAGGUGGACAAGGCCAACGAGGGGAAAGCAGUGAGUGUUGCCGCGGAAACCAUGAAGACCGAACCUGAUGGCAAAGCCAAAGGACGGGAGCUAUGUAAAGUCCUCUUUCCAUAUGAAGCACAAAACGAAGACGAGCUGUCACUCAAAGAGGGGGAAAUCAUCAACAUCAUCUCCAAGGAUUGUGCUGACGCAGGCUGGUGGAAGGGGGAGAUCGGGGGACGGCAAGGUGUCUUCCCAGAUAACUUUGUCAAGCUGCUAGACGUGGAUAAAGAGAGACCAAAGAAACCGCCUCCUCCCAGUGCACCUACAGCUAAACACACCACAGAGAGAAAGUCGGAUGUCAAGAAGGUUCCUCCUGAGAGACCUGAACACCUGCCGCAGAGAGACCAGGAUCGAGGUGAAGAAUUGAAGCUUGGAGAAAUCCCCAAGCCCUCCCUCCCAUCUACCCUUCCAAAGAAACCCCUCCCCCCAAAGACAAGCGCCUCCUCUUCCUCCCAACCCCCGCGUCCUGAGCGUCCUGAGAGACCACCCACUCACACGUCUGAAAGCCCCAAGUCAGAGGGCAGGGCUUCGACACCAGAUUCUGCUCCUGACAGGUCACAUGACCCGGAUGUGGACCUCGACGUCGUGGUGGCGUCAACAGAGAAGCUGAGUCAUCCAACGGCGUCACGGCCGAGAGUCACAGACCGCCGGCCUCGAUCACAGAUCCUCACACCAUCUUCCCUGUCCAGUAUCGACCUGGACUCUCCUCCAGUGAUGGAGAGGAAGGAAAAGAUGGAGCCGGAGUCGGUCCCCUGCAGACCUGUAGAGGUUUCCCUGAGGAAAGGAGUCCCCACCGUCUCUGUUCCUGACAGUAAAGCACCGCUGCCCACCAAGCCCUCUGUCCUGGCCCUGCCGAACGCCGGCCAUCGCCCCGCGUCCCCGUCUUCCUCCCAGGUUCUGAGCCCCUCCCCCGAGCUCAGGCAUUCACCUCUGACCCCCCCGACACUGGAGGAACUCAGGAACCAGCUGAGAGACCUGAGGUCCUCCGUAGAACUGCUGAAGAGCCAGCACAGGCAGGAGAUGAAGCAGUUGACCAACGCGCUGGAUGACGAGAGGAAGAUCCGUGUUAGUUUACAGAUGGAAGUAGAGCACAUAAAGAAGAGCCUGUUGAAAUGAAGACUAAAGCGUCCUCUUAACGCCACAUUGGAGUCCAACACUUGAAAACAUUCUCACUGUUGGCCGAGACACUUCAGCCAAAACAAAGUUUGUGCCAAACGAUCGUGAGGAUCAACAUCAGCAACAAUACACAGAACCAUGGAAUCAUCCACCUUCCCCCUUCUGAUGUCGCCUUAUCCAGCGUUUACUUCUUUAUUUUUUUUACUAUUUUAAAGAGGCUUCUCUUGUUAAGUUUACUGCUAUCUUUUCAAAGCUUGCUGUGCCACCGGUACUGUCACUGGCUGUGUGUCGCCCACGGUUACGGAACGAUGACCCAGAGGCUGCCGUGGCGGCCUGGCUGGUACUUCUUGUUUUCUAAGUGUAAAGGAGACUCGACCUUCGUAGCCCGGUUGGUUCAGACGACCUCUGUGCUGGUCUGUGUCCACUCUGCGGCCUUUGCCUCUUCUCUGUGUGUGAGUGUGUGUGAGAGUGCUUUGUUUUCCCAUCAAUGUGGGGACCAAGCGUCAGAUUGGGGGGACAUCUUUGAAAAGUGAGGUUGUUUUGGGCCGAUAAUGACUUUUUCAACGGGCAACAUUAUGGUUAGGAUUAAGGUUGAUCAAAGCCUAUACUUUGAAGCACAUAAUUAGCAUUAAGGUUAAAUUGUUUUACACACUGAGCUUGAUGUUUCUAUCGUACACUGCAGGCGGAGGAUUUUGGAAACAUCAGCCAUUAACAGCCCUGACCUUUUUCUUCUUGAUGUCCUAACUUUAUAACUUGCAGUCAAAUAUUCAACCUUUUAGGAGAAUAUAAUUAUAAGCACAUCGUGAUUCUUCCCCCUAUUGGUUUAAUUAAGUAUUACCAACACGACAAGUGCUGAUACUAUAGGUGCUAACUAAAGGAAUAGUUGGUUAUUUUUGGAACUACGCUUAUUUGCUUUAUUGACGGGAGUUAGAUGAGAAAAUCAAUGCCACUCUAAUCCCUAAAUGCUAAAUGUGAAGCUACAGCCAGCAGCUAAUUAGCUUAGCUUAGCAUAAAGACUGGAAACAGGGAGAGAACAGCUAGCCCUAAAAACCAAGCUCUAAAACAAGAGUUUUAAAAACGACAUUUUGUGGUUUUACAAUGACAAGACCUCAGAAGGUGACUACUCUCGACCAAGAAAUAGUCUUUUAAAUAAUCCCCGUAAAACCACAAUAUGUUACUUUUACACUUUUUUUUUGGGUAUGAAACAAAAAGAUAAUAUGCAAAUUAUUAAUCUUUACAGGAGCUGCUAGGGCUGAUUUUAUUACCUUUUGACGGAGCCAAGCUAUCCAUCGCCUCCUGUUGCAAUCUUAAUGCUAAGCUAAGCUAACUUAGCCUCCUGGCUGUAGCUUUAUAUUAACCACAUGUGAGAGUGGUAUCAAUCUUCACAUCUAACACAGCUUGAAAGCAAAAAAGCGCAUUUCCAACAAUGUCAAACAACUUCUUUGACAAAAUCCAAUACUGCCCUGUGAUAUUUGGCUGCAAAUGAAUGCAAAGAAAAGCACAUGUCACUGCAUGAACACGCCUAUUUAUGAUAUAUGUCAUGUGGAGCGUAUUGCCUUCUGGACCAAAACAUAUUAUUUCACCUUCUUUUGCUUUUGCACUUUUGCACCAUGAUUCCAGAAACCUCAAGAUACAAAUAAAGAAAAAGGCGAUCCAUGUGUAUCUGAUGUUCCUGGUGCUGUUUUGGCAGCAGAUGAAGAGUAGAGACAGGGUUUGAGGAAUGUUAGUCAGUGAAAGAACCUCAAAGGUAAACCAAGAUAAAAAUGUGUGUGUGGUAGCAUGUACGGCUGUUCGCCUCCCUUCCUUUUAUGUGCACAGAAUCUAUGGCAACCCGUCACUGUGGCCUUCCUGUUCUUGACUCCAAAUCUUUCUUUUUCUUUCUUUCUUUCUGUCUAUCUUUUCUUUCUUUCUGUCUUUCUUUCUUUCGUAUGACAACGAGAAAACUGCUACAACUGAGUCUACAAAUUGUUUUCAUGACUUGGUCCUUUCUCUCCAGGAUAGUGAUAAAUAUAUAUACUUUUAUAUUUCAGUGUAAUAAAGAUGCUAUUAUGUACUGUA